AUGGAGAACCAUCCUGGUGGCAUCGCGAAGCUGGAAGACCGCUCCCUCCCGCGCGUCGUUUGCUCUGCAAUCACUAUCUCGUCCCCUCUUCCUUCUACCUCUUCCUUCUACAGCCUACUUCCUUCGCAACCUCAUCAACCUCCUCCAUCAGAUCGACAUGCUCUUUUGACCCUCUCGACUUACCUCCGUGAACUUCUUCCGCUGAACGUCCUCAAAUACCUAUCCGAGAGACUCAACGGGGCUUCUGACAUGGCCACUCUCGAUUCCCUCAAACAAGCUCUCAGGCAGACAGCCAAGACAGAGGCGCCGUCAUCAUUAUCAAAGCAGCCGUUAUCCGACACACAGCAGAGCGCUGGCUUUGACAUCUUAAGCUCGCGAUUGCCGACGCCCCAGAAUUCCGUCACACCUCACCUAUCUCAGCUGCUGAGCCCGCUCUUCGACUCGCGGGACCGUAUUUCUGUACUGGAAAUUGAGCCCGGUCCGAGGAGCGUCCUUGACCAUGUGUCCCACCGCAUGAGACAGAAGAUCCGAAGAUACACUCUGCUGGAGCCAAACAGCUUAUUUCUGGCAAGUGUGAAAACAUGGCUUCACCCUGACUCGGAGACGGUGUCUCCUUUACCUGGUCUGGAACGUCUUCCAGAAUACCAUCGCACUCUACUCGGUCUGGAUAACAAUGCUCCGAGUGAUUCCAGUACAAGUACAGAUGAUAGCAACGGAGAGUAUGAUAUUAUCUUCUUCUCUAGUGGCAUGUACUGCAGACUCAGAAAGAAGUCCAUCGAACGGGCGCUGGCGAUGCUUGGGGAGCGACCUGGAGACGGAAAGGUGAUCGUUUUCCAUAAUCCUAAUCUGCGAAUUGACGGAUUGGUGUGUCAUGAAACGGCUUCGUUCUCUACCGGAGACGUUCUGGUGGCAGACAACGAUGAGACACUGGAUCGUUUUGCUCUUUUCAUGGCGGGAUUCGUCAUAGAGGAUAAGGAUGAGGAUAAGACUAUCCGAGCUGAGUGGCGUACGGUGUGCCGCAUUUUGGGACGGCGUGAUGAAAGCUAUCUAGAGCAUCUUCUGUUCAGCAUGCCCAACACCAUGACGGUCUUCACCCGACAUGCGACCACAGUGUCAGAGCUCACCACGCAGGUGCCGUUAGUGGACGAGAACAAGGCAGUAAAAGACCGCGACGCUCGCCUUCACCCUCCCGCCGCGAUUGUCAAGCCGACAGAGAUAAAGCAUGUUCAGGAGUGUGUUAGAUGGGCUCUGAAAUACAAGUUCAGCUUGACGGUCAUUGACGAUGUGCAUAGAAGCAUACACUUCCUAUAG